GUACUUCAAAAUUGUCUUGCAAGCGAUUUUGAAAUUAUACAAACAUGUGAUGAAAGAACCGAGCAAUUCCACUCCUCCCGAGAUAAGUAAUAGUCGAAGAUUUUAUCCAUAUUUUAAGGAUUGUAUCGGAGCAAUAGAUGGAACUCAUGUACGUGCAUCGGUUCCUCUUGAAAUUCAAGGAAGAUUUCGUGGUCGGAAGGAUGGAACAACGCAAAAUGUAUUAGCUGCUGUUACAUUUGAUUUGAGAUUUUCUUAUGUAUUAGCUGGUUGGGAGGGCACUGCACAUGAUUCACGUGUUUUAGCUGAUGCACUUUCUAAACCGGAUGGAUUGAACAUUCCUAGAGGAAAAUAUUAUCUUGCUGAUGCUGGUUAUGGAAUCCAAAAUGGCAUUAUCUCUCCCUAUCGCGGUGUUAGAUACCAUUUGAAGGAGUUCGGUGAUCGCGCACCUGAAAAUGAGAAGGAACUAUUCAAUCUGCGCCAUUCAUCUCUAAGAACUACCGUCGAAAGAGCGUUUGGAGUCUUAAAGAAGCGUUUUCGAGUUUUGGAUUCUGAACCUUUUUGGUCAUUUGGAACACAGGUCGAUGUUGUCUUAGCAUGUUGUAUCAUGCACAAUUUUAUUAUGGGAUUUGAUCCCAACGACUCUAUCAUGGAAGAGAUGAAUAGGCAAGUGGAAUCUCAAAGAGAAAAUGCAAGAGUCCAACUUUCUCAAAGAGAGGAAAAAGAGGAAAAUAGGAUAUGGACAGCAAAAAGGGAUAGGAUUGCGCAUGCAAUGUGGAUUAAUUAUCAAAAUAUGAGAAGAAGCCAAUAG